AUGCCCGACAACAACGACGAGGUCGACUUCUCGGAGCGGCAAAACCUCUUCCAGAGCGCGCCCGCGCCCCGCCAGUUCACGGUCGCUGGCGUCGUGAGCACCAAGCACCGGCGCCUCGAAGACGCGGCCGGCGACGUCGCGCCACCGUCGUACACGGCCAACACGAACAAGGAGCUGCUCUGCCUCGAGUACGUGGCCAACUUUCGCAAGCAGUUUGAAGAGCUUUUGCCCGACAGCGGUCGGCCGCCUCUGUACCUCUGCCCGCCGAACGAGUGUGGCAUUCCCAAGUUUGUGUGCACGACGCUCCGCCCGACGCUGCUGCCGUUCCUCGAGCUCUACAACCUCGAGAAGCUCGCGACUUUUGUGUCGGGGCUCAUCGAGUACGAGCCGCUCGCGGAUCCGUGCAAGCCGCCGUUGUGUCUGCCAUCGCCGGCCGCGGUCCUCCACUGGCAGUCGGGCGACGCGUUCGAUCUCGCGAACCUCCUCGUCUCGUUUCUCAUCGGGUCGGGCUACGACGCCUAUGUCGUCAACGGCUUUGCGCCGCGCUGGGUGUGCCUCCUCGACCAAAGCCGGACGAUCUGCCCUUUCCUCGACACGAUCGGCAAGCUCGACGAGGCGCACGAUGGCAAGGUCAACGGCGAGAGCAAAGUGGCCGAUGAUGACACGGCCGUACCCAAGCCGACGAGCAAGUUUGUGGCCAUGAUGGAGGCCAAGGAAGAGGCAAGGCGCGCUGAGGUCGCCGCCAUGCAGGAUUGGACCAAGCACUUGGAUGACGACGACGACGACGACGACGACCCACUCGAGGGGAAGCGUGUGCACGCCUGGGUGCUUGUCCGCGCGGGCCGGCGCGAUGUGACCGAGCACGUCUUCAUCGAGCCAUCGACGGGGCGGUUGUACCCUGUGCGGGACUCGCCCUACGUGCGUAUUGAGAGCGUGUGGAACCAUCAAAACUACUUUGUCAACAUGCAGCCGCACCGGCUGAGUCAGUGCUUGUACGACCUCGGGCAUGCGACCGACUGGGAGUACGUCUUCUUGUCGUCGCUCGAGAAGAAAAGAAUUCGCAUGGCGAAAGCGGCAAGCAACAACGCGGGCGAUGGCAGCGACCCUGGCGGCGAGAAUGACGAGGAGAGCAACAUCCUUGACGUGCCGCCGUCCUGGGUCGUCAAGCUGCACGUCGAGCGCAAGCGCUACAAGCAGCGGUACGUCAACGAGGCGCAGCGCGCGACCCUCUAUGAGAAAUCCAAGGUCGAAGACUUUGCCGACAACACGCACCCCCAAGGCAUGGUGCGGCGGCUCACGCUGUAUCGCAACCGGAGCCGGACGCUGCCGAUCGAGAUCCGCGAGCUCUUCAAGAACCGAAAGGACAAACUGCACUUGCGCAUUCGGUACCCGUUGCAAGGCAAGUUUGAAGAGCACUUUUUGCCGGGCCGGCAGCCCGAAGCUUUAAAAUCGCGCAUCGAGUGGAGCGGGUUCCGGCGCGAGCUGACGUUCUACACGACCGCGCGCAUGGACGGCCUCGUGAAGCGCGAAGAGCUCGUGCACAAGCACAUCACCGAGACCUUCUCUGGACGGGACGACUACCUCGAGCAGCGCAGCGUGACGCUCUCGGAAGAGAAGGACCACGCCGAGGCCAUAUCCAAGACACCGACGCCGUUUGUGCUACCGGGCGGCGCGACCGGCGAGCUCACGGUGCGUCGCAUGGCGGAAAAGUUUGGCCGGAACCCGGAUCGCGACGCUGACGAGGAUGCCCGCAAGCGCACGUACAAUGUGCGCGAAGGCACGAUCCGCGUCCAAUUUCACUAUGCUGAGGGCAAGAUCACGUCGGCGAGCCGCGUGUACCACAAGGCGCCCAACACGCCCGUCGACGUCUUCCAAGUCGACCCGACGGCGCCGCGCCCCAAGGAAACGCUUCUCGAGCGGGAGCUCCAGGCCGCGAUUCAGAUGGAGAAGGAAUGCUACAAUGCGAUACGGCACGUGGACGUCGAGACGCAGGAGAUUCUCAAGUACCGCAAGCGCGAAGAGGCCGCGAUCACGCUCGAGACGAGCAUUUUUGACGCGGAGGAAGACGAAUCCAAGGCCGACGCGGCCGAGGAGCAGCGCAAGCAAAGCAAAGAGGCCAAAGUCGAGAUGGACUACUUGUCGCCCUUCUUACAAGCUGUCGGGAAGCACCACCAUGGGAGCCAUGGCCUCACCAAGGACGAAGCCCAUGCCGUGCGCGACUUGUGCUUGAAGAACCUCAAGGAGCGGCUUCUCGAGCGCGCCAACAUUAUUCAGACGCGGCUCGAUAAAGAAAACAGCGCGCUCGCCAAGAAGCAGGCGGCGUUCCAGCGCAGCCAGCGCGAGCACGACCAGGGCACGGACGAGGAAUUCGAGCGCUUCUGCAGCGAAACCAUGUUUCGGAUUCAAAUCCUUGAGCAGCGCUUGACGCGCCACGAAGAAACCGCGCUGCAAAAGUACGCCGAGCUCGACCAGCGACUGCACAACGAACCGCGGCUCGCGGUGCUGCACCAAUAA